UUUAGGAGAAACUGAAACUGGGCUUGCUGGGGGCGGAGUGGUCACUGGAGUUUAAAGAGCCACCACUUCCUUGGGCCCCCAGAGGGCACUGGGAGGUCACAGCUGCCAAGGGACAUUUGGAAUCAGUGUGACUCUCUGCUCCCCCUGCUUGAGCCAUGCACCUCUGCCAGGGAGACGAACUGCUGAUUGGGACAGUAAAUCAGCAACACCGUGAAGGUGACCGAGAAGCGACAGCAGUGGGAAGGACAGUGCUGCCCUUCACUGAACCUGGCUCAGGACAACCUGCUGCCUGGGAUUCCCUCUUGAGGCCGGAGGGGGAAGGACCACGGUGCCUCCAUUGCACAGAAGCAGCAGCUGGGCCCAGAGAAGACCCCCAGGAGCGCCAGAAGCAGCUGAAGAAGAAGCAGAAGAACCGGGUGGCCGCUCAGCGCAGCCGGCAGAAGCACACGGAUAGGGCGGAUGCCCUGCACCAGCAGCAAGAGUCCCUGGAGAAACACAACGAGGCCCUGCGCAAGGAGAUCCGGGGCCUACAGGCUGAACUGACUCGGUGGAGCCAGACCCUGCAACUGCAUGAGCACCUGUGCCCCAGGGGCUGUAGCCUCCACCCGGCUCCUGAGCCCCCUGACUGCUGGGGCCAGGGCGGGUGGCUUCCGGGACAGCUUGCUCCCCAAGGACAGCACAGCUGCCAGGAGCAGCCGGGCCUCUUCCAGAGUCCCGUCUCCUGUCUGCCAGCUCAGCGGUUGCACCCAGAUCCACAGCCUGGGGAUCCCUGUGGCCUCCUCCCAUCCCCUUUGUCUUUGCUGUCCCUCAGUCCUGCUGUUGUGACUCUACCUCUUGCUCAGAUGUGCUCCAGCCAUGUGCCAUCUGCCUCACCCACCGGCCCCAGCCUGCUGGGUUCUUCCCCCCAGCUCAGUGGCCCCUUACUCAGCUCCUCAGCCCAGGCUACCCCUCCACAUCCCCUUGGCCAAGAGCCCCCCAGCAGUGGGGAGCUGGAGUCUUCUCUAGAGCCUGAAUAUCUUCUGCAGGGCAGUGAGCACAAGGCAGGUCCCUCUGUAGCAGACUGGACAGGGUCAGCCUUGGAACCCAGCCGCCAGUCCCUCCUGGCCUUCCCGCUGGUGGCCUCGGCUCAGGUCCACUUUUGACCUGCGCCCAGAGUGUGGUUGCCCCUCCUCAGGCCCAGGAAGAAGUCCGUGCACUGCAGCCCCUCCUGCCCUGUUGCUGGAGUCGCCUCCCCGGAUACCAGCUGGCCCGGCUUCACUGGGGAAAAGAAACUGUCUUUGAGCUCCCACCACAGUGGCAGGGCCUGUCACUGCUACUAUCUUUUUGCAGCCUCAGUCACCUGCAAAGCUGAGAUUAUCACUAUAUAUAUAUAUAUAUAUAUAUAUAUAUAUAUAUAUAUAUAA